UAUCAACACACUUACAGGUUGUUUAUGCCGGAAGUGCCGCGCAGUUUGGAUACAGAACGUUUCGCCGACUGAAAACGCUGUAAAACUCUGGUGUAAACGUAAACAAACAUGUUUUUCUGCAACUUUGGUGACGUGUAGCAGGAUGUUGGUCGGCUACAGCAGCAGCUCAGGUGAAGACAGCGAGGCAGAGCUGAACCUAAGUGAUCCUCGAAAACCGGGUCAGGAGAAAGAGGAUGACGAUGUUAGCGAUGGCUGCUGCUCAGCCAGGAAGAGAGCCAGAACCGAAGAUGAGCGGGUUAUUAAGACACGACUGCCUCUCCCCGGAUGCCUGCUGACCAUGUUUCCAGAUGAAGUGGAGCCACAGAAUGAAGACAGCUCUCUUCACGGCGGACGCCUCCGCUCGUUCAAACACGAGAGAGGAAACUGGGCCACCUACGUUUAUUUGUCAUACCAUCCUGAGGAGGAGUUUAUGGAGCUGCUGCAGGAGCUGCUCUCAACUGCAGGAGCCAGCGGUGUGGUUUUGACUCCACAGGAGGAGUUUCACCUCAGCCUGUCCCAGACAGUGGUGCUGAGACACCACUGGAUCCAGCCCUUUACACAGAGCCUCCGCACAGACCUGGCCCGCUGUAAAAGGUUUGUUUGCACAGCAAGUAAACUGAAGGUCUAUUGUAACGCUGAGAAGACAAGGACGUUCCUCGGUAUAGAAGUGUGUUCUGGACACACUCAGUUGUUGGACCUGGCUCGAGUUGUGGACAGAACGAUGACAGAGUUUCGCCUGGACACUUUCUACAAGGAGCCUUCUUUCCAUGUGAGUCUGGCCUGGUGUGUUGGAGACGUGAUAGAGAAGUUGAAGGAGUGCAUUCAGGAGCUGCAGCGUGUGGUUGACGAACAAGAGGAGGGCCCAUUUGUUCUGAGGCUGGAGGGAAUGGAGCUGCACUGUAAGACGGGAAACAAGACUUUCUGCUUCCCCCUGCAGACGUGACACCAAGUUCAACAUUUUGAAGUCAGGAGAACAAACUGUUAAUCUAUCAUCUUUUUGGAUUUCCCUCUAUGUCUAACUCAUGCAUGUAAUCCAGACUAAAUAUCAAGAUGUCUGAUGAGGAUAUAAAUGCUUGAGUAUCGAAUGUUGAAUAUUGUUGAAGUGCUGUUUAACACCUCAGAGGCAAAGUCAAAAUAUCUCUGAGGCACAGAGUCACAGCAUUAGUUUGUCUGUGUAACACAAAAAGACGCCUGUAGAGCGAAAAAUGUGUCCUUGGGCCUCGCAGUAAUAGUAAAUCAGUGUUUAGCCAUAUGGUCAUAUAAGUCUAAAUGUUGAAACAAGCAAUAUAAUGAAUUUAUUUUAAAUUGUAGUAUCAUAUUGUAUAUGUUUUUCACUGUAUUAUUUUUAUAUGAAUAAAGUUGCUACUGAUUUUACACACACA